ACAGCUGGGGAACGAGAAAAAGCAUCGAGGCCAUCAAGCAGGGGAGGCUCGACGAAGCGUUGUUCCCGUCGAGAGAGCUCCUCAAGCGAAGAAGAAGUUGAAGAAAAUGGAGGAGUGAAUUCCCGGCGCGCGCGCGAGACUCCAUCGGCGGAGAAAAGAUGAAGGCAGGAAGCGCCGCGAAAUUGAUCGUCGACGCCCUCCUGCAGCGGUUCCUCCCCCUCGCCCGGCGGCGCAUCGAGACCGCUCAAGCUCAGGAUGGGCAGUACCUUCGACCAUCAGAUCCGGCCUAUGAACAAGUACUCGAUUCAUUGGCUAUGGUUGCACAGCAUACACCUAUACCUCUUCUAGAAGCCCUUCUUAGAUGGAGAGAAAGUGAGUCCCCAAAAGGUGCAAAUGAUGCAUCUACUUUCCAGAGGAAGCUUGCAGUGGAAUGCAUCUUUUGCUCGGCAUGUAUUCGGUUUGUAGAAUGCUGUCCUCAGGAGGGACUCACAGAAAAGCUUUGGAGGGGACUUGAAAGCUUUGUUUUUGAUUGGCUAAUUAAUGCUGACAGGGUGGUAAGCCAGGUUGAUUAUCCCUCAUUAGUUGAUUUGCGCGGGCUUCUUCUUGACUUGGUAGCUCAGCUUUUGGGUGCCUUAUCUCGAAUCAGAUUCAGUUCUGUCACUGAGCGCUUUUUCGAUGAACUCAAGAGCCGUUCUAUUGAUACCAGUAUUUGUCGAAGUGAAACUCUCAGUAUUAUUAAUGGCAUGCGUUACUUGAAACUUGGGGUUAAAACUGAGGGAGGAUUGAAUGCAUCGGCAUCGUUUGUGGCAAAGGCCAACCCUCUCAUACGGGCUCCUCAUAAACGGAAAAGCGAGCUUCAUCAUGCACUGUGCAAUAUGCUUUCAAACAUCCUGGCCCCACUUGCUGAUGGUGGGAAAAGCCAGUGGCCUCCAUCAGGGGUGGAGCCUGCACUUGCAUUGUGGUAUGAAGCUGUUGGCCGUAUAAGAGGGCAGCUUAUGCAAUGGAUGGACAAGCAAAGCAAACACAUCACAGUUGGUUUCCCAUUGGUAACUCUUCUUCUCUGCCUUGGAGAUCCUCAAACCUUUAACAGCGGCUUAAGUUCUCACAUGGAACAACUCUACAAGCUACUCAGAGACAAAAAUCAUAGAUUCAUGGCCCUGGAUUGUCUUCAUCGAGUAAUGAGGUUUUAUCUAAGUGUGUAUGCAUCUAGCCAUGCCCAAAAUCGCAGAUGGGACUACUUAGAUAGUGUGACCUCUCAACUUUUGACAGUUCUGAGGAAAGGAAUGCUCACUCAGGAUGUGCAACAUGACAAGCUUGUUGAAUUCUGUGUGACAAUGGCAGAGCAUAACCUUGAUUUUGCCAUGAAUCACAUGGUGCUAGAGUUACUCAAGCAAGAUAGCUCAAGUGAAGCGAAGGUGAUUGGCCUCAGAGCUCUGCUCUCCAUUGUGAUGACACCUUCAAGCCAGCACUUCGGAUUGGAGAUAUUCAAAGGUCAUGAUAUUGGCCACUACAUUCCAAAAGUUAAGGCUGCCAUUGAGCUGAUACUGAGGUCUUGCAAUCGGACUUACAGUCAGGCUGUUCUAACUUCCUCAAGGACCACAAUUGAUGCUGUGACCAAAGACAAGGCUCAGGUAUCUCUCUUCAGGUCAGUGCUGAAGUGCAUACCCUAUCUGAUUGAAGAAGUUGGCCGAAGUGACAAAAUCACUGAAAUAAUACCUCGACAUGGCAUAAGUAUUGAUCCUGGUGUUCGUGAAGAAGCUGUACAAGUACUGAAUCGGAUUGUGAGGUAUCUUCCCCAUCGUCGUUUCGCAGUUAUGAGAGGGAUGGCCAACUUUAUUCUGCAACUUCGUGAUGACUUCCCACUUCUCAUUCAGACUUCAUUGGGGCGCCUAUUAGAACUCAUGCGUUUUUGGCGAGCUUGUUUAUCUGAAAAUAGGGUUGACUCCAAUGUGGUAGAGUUAAAGAGUGUUGAUCGGGCAAAUGAGGGAUUCAAGAAGCCUUCUUUCCACCAUUCAGCUGAGAAAAUAGAAUUUCAUGCUUCAGAGAUAGAUGCCGUGGGUCUUAUCUUUCUCAGUUCUGUUGACAGCCAGAUUAGACACACUGCACUGGAAUUGUUGCGUUGUGUUCGUGCCUUGAGGAAUGAUAUAAGAAACCUUUCAGCACGUGAACACUCAGAGGACUAUUUUGUCAGUGAAGCCCAGCCUAUUUUUAUAAUUGACGUCCUCGAAGAACAUGGGGAUGAAAUUGUUCAGAGCUGCUAUUGGGAUUCUGGGCGUCCUUUUGAUUUGAGACGAGAAUCUGAUGUCAUUCCUCCUGAUGUGACGCUUCAGUCAAUAAUAUUCGACAGCCCUGAUAAGAAUAGGUGGGCUCGGUGUCUGAGUGAGCUUAUAAAGUAUGCUGCUGAGCUAUGUCCUAGCUCUGUUCAAGAAGCAAAGGUGGAGGUCAUUCAACGUCUUGCUCAUAUUACACCAGUUGAGUUAGGCGGAAAGGCGACACAGGCACAAGAUAUGGAGAAUAAACUGGAUCAAUGGCUUAUGUAUGCAAUGUUUCUAUGUUCGUGUCCACCAGAUGGUAAAGAAGCUGGUGGCUUGACUGUAAACAAAGAUCUCUAUAAUCUGAUUUUAUCCUCAUUAAAAUCUGGAUCAGAGGCCUAUACACAUGCAGCUACCAUGGCACUCGGUCACUCACAUCUGGAAGCGUGUGAAAUCAUGUUUGGUGAACUUUCAUCUUUUAUCGAUGAGAUUUCAAUGGAAACGGAGGGAAAACCAAAGUGGAAGUAUCAAAAAUCUCGGCGAGAGGAACUCCGCAUUCACAUCGCUAAUAUAUAUCGGACAGUUGCUGAGAGUGUCUGGCCUGGCAUGUUGGUCCGUAAACCCGCCUUCCGUCUCCACUAUCUGAAGUUCAUUGAGGAGACAACGAGGCACAUAGUUUCAGCACCUCCUGAGAGUUUCCAUGAAAUUCAACCUCUCCGUUAUGCACUGGCUUCUAUUCUAAAAACACUUGCCCCCGAAUUUGUCGAUUCAAAGUCUGAAAGGUUUGAUCUUAGAACCAGAAAGAAACUAUUUGAUCUGCUUCUCUCAUGGUGUGAUGAUGCAGUGAGCACAUGGAGUCAGGAUGGUGUUACUGACUAUCGUCGUGACGUUGAGCGGUACAAGUCCUCACAGCACUCUCGCUCAAAGGAUUCUGUAGAUAAACUUUCUUUUGAUAGAGAAGUUAGCGAACAGGUGGAGGCCAUCCAGUGGGCCUCGAUGAAUGCUAUGGCUUCACUUCUAUAUGGGCCUUGCUUUGAUGACAAUGCAAGAAAAAUGAGUGGCAGAGUGAUAUCUUGGAUCAAUAGUUUAUUUAUGGAACCAAGUGCGAGAGCUCCUUUUGGUUACUCACCAGCUGAUCCACGGACUCCCUCUUAUUCCAAGUACACAGGAGAAGGUGGGCGGGGUAAUGCUGCUCGUAACAGAGGUGGUCAUCUUCGUGCUUCUCUGGCAAAGUUGGCCUUAAAAAACCUGCUUCUCACCAAUUUGGACCUGUUUCUUGCAUGCAUUGAUCAGUGCUACUAUUCAGAUCCCGUCAUUGCUGAUGGAUACUUCAGCGUGUUGGCGGAGGUCUACAUGCGGCAAGAAAUACCAAAAUGUGAAAUUCAGCGACUCUUGAGCCUUAUCCUGUAUAAGGUGGUGGAUCCAUCUAGGCAAAUUCGUGAUGAAGCGCUUCAGAUGCUAGAGACGCUUUCAGACCGUGAGUGGGCAGAGGUUGGCGUUGAUGGUUCGGGGAGCUACCGAGCUGCUGUUGUUGGAAAUCUUCCUGAUUCCUACCAACAGUUUCAGUACAAGUUGUCAUGCAAGUUGGCUAAAGAUCAUCCUGAACUAAGUCAACUUCUGUGUGAGGAAAUUAUGCAGAGACAACUUGAUGCUGUUGAUAUUAUAGCACAGCAUCAGGUCCUAACAUGCAUGGCUCCCUGGAUUGAGAAUCUCAAUUUCUGGAAACUCAAAGAGUCUGGUUGGAGUGAAAGAUUGUUGAAAAGCCUUUACUACGUGACAUGGCGGCACGGCGACCAAUUUCCAGAUGAGAUUGAGAAGCUAUGGAGGACUAUUGCCAGCAAGCCCAGGAACAUUAGCCCGGUUAUAGAUUUCCUGAUAACAAAAGGGAUCGAAGAUUGCGAUUCAAAUGCAUCUGCAGAAAUUAGUGGUGCAUUUGCUACAUAUUUUUCUGUUGCAAAGCGAGUAAGUUUAUACUUGGCUCGCAUAUGUCCACAGCGGACAAUUGAUCACUUAGUUUUCCAGUUGUCUCAAAGGAUGCUGGAAGAUAGUAUUGAACCUGUUCUGCCAGGUGGAAAUAAGGGCGAUGCAGGUGGAAACUAUUUGUUGGAAUUCUCGCAGGGACCUCCAGCAGCCCAGGUAGCAGCUUUAGUGGACAGCCAACCGCAUAUGUCACCACUCCUUGUUCGAGGUUCCCUUGAUGGUCCUCUUCGGAAUACGAGUGGCAGCCUGAGCUGGAGAACGGCAGCUGUGACUGGAAGAAGUGUAUCAGGCCCACUUAGUCCAAUGCCUCCUGAGCUGAAUAUAGUUCCAGUAACUGCAGGACGGUCAGGUCAGCUGCUUCCUACUCUGGUGAACAUGUCAGGGCCAUUAAUGGGGGUCAGAAGUUCAACUGGAAGUAUGAGGAGCCGCCAUGUUUCUCGAGAUAGUGGGGACUACCUGAUUGAUACUCCAAACUCUGGAGAAGAGGGGAUUCAUGCUGCUGCUGGAGGGCAUGCCGUAAAUGCAAAAGAACUGCGAUCAGCAUUGCAAGGGCAUCAGCAACAUUCACUCACCCAUGCAGAUAUAGCAUUGAUUCUGCUUGCAGAAAUAGCAUAUGAAAAUGAUGAAGACUUCCGUGAGCACCUUCCUCUGCUAUUUCAUGUCACAUUUGUGUCAAUGGAUAGUUCAGAAGAUAUAGUGCUGGAGCACUGCCAACACUUGCUUGUUAAUUUGUUGUACUCGCUUGCUGGACGGCACUUGGAGUUGUAUGAAGUUGAAAAUAGUGAUGGAGAGAAUAAACAGCAGGUUGUGAGCCUGAUCAAAUAUGUCCAGUCAAAGCGUGGGAGCAUGAUGUGGGAAAAUGAGGAUCCUGCAGUUACUAGAACUGAGCUUCCAAGUGCAGCUCUUCUAUCUUCCCUAGUUCAGAGCAUGGUUGAUGCAAUCUUUUUUCAAGGAGAUUUACGUGAAACUUGGGGCGUUGAGGCACUUAAAUGGGCAAUGGAGUGCACCUCGAGACACCUUGCAUGUCGCUCACACCAGAUUUACCGUGCACUUCGACCCACCGUUACCAGUGAUACAUGCGUAUCACUCCUCCGCUGCCUUCACAGAUGCCUAGGAAACCCAGUGCCUCCAGUUCUGGGUUUUGUUAUGGAAAUUCUCUUGACAUUGCAAGUCAUGGUGGAGAACAUGGAACCAGAGAAGUUGAUACUUUAUCCUCAACUCUUUUGGGGGUGUGUGGCGAUGAUGCACACAGAUUUUGUUCAUGUGUACUGUCAGGUACUUGAGCUCUUCUCCCGUAUAAUUGAUCGCUUAUCAUUUCGAGAUAGAACAACAGAAAAUGUCCUCCUCUCAAGCAUGCCCAGAGAUGAGUUUGAUGCCUCUGGUAGUGACAUGGGAGAGUAUCACCGGAUGGAUUCCAGGAGUGCCUCUGAAGUUCCCCCAUCCAUUGGGAAUCUGCCAGUUUUUGAAGGGGUUCAGCCUCUCGUGCUAAAAGGACUCAUGUCGACUGUUAGUCAUGGCAUAUCCAUUGAGGUCCUCUCACAGAUCACUGUGCAUUCCUGUGACUCAAUUUUUGGGGAUACAGAGACAAGACUGUUGAUGCAUAUCACAUGCUUACUCCCAUGGCUCUGCUUGCAGCUGAGCAAUGAUCUAGUAGUAGGUCCUGCUUCUCCGCUCCAACAGCAGUAUCAGAAGGCUUGCUCGGUUGCAGCCAACAUAUCUAUCUGGUGUCAAGCAAAAUCGUUGGAAGAUUUAGCUACAGUAUUUAUGGCUUACUCCCAGGGUGAGAUCAAAAGCGUCGAUAACCUCCUUGCCUGUGUGUCGCCGCUUUUGUGCAACGAGUGGUUUCCAAAGCACUCUGCUCUUGCUUUUGGGCACUUGCUGCGGUUAUUGGAGAAGGGGCCAGUAGAGUACCAGCGCGUGUUACUUCUCAUGCUGAAGGCAUUGCUUCAGCAUACUCCCAUGGACGCUGCCCAGAGUCCACACAUGUAUGCAAUAGUGUCCCAGUUGGUGGAGAGCACAUUGUGUUGGGAGGCACAGAGUGUUCUGGAAGCUCUCUUGCAGAGCUGUAGCUCCUUGACAGGUUCCCAUCCACAGGAUCAAGGGUUAUUGUCCGAGAAUGGCUUCGGGAAUGAUGAUAAACUUUUAGCUUCUCAAAUGUCCUUCAAGGCAAGAAGUGGACCUCUUCAAUACCCGAUGGGGUCCGCAUUUGGGGCAGGUCUGAGUAUGGCCUCGCAAGGGGGAUCAACUGAACCAGGUUUGCCACCAAGAGAGGUAGCUUUGAGGAAUACACGCUUGAUCCUUGGGCGGGUGCUUGAUAAAUGUGCUCUUGGACGGAGGAGGGAUUAUAGAAGACUUGUGCCAUUUGUUGCUAAUUUUGGUAAUCCGUAGUGACUCACAAUCUGUUAGCAGUCCAGACAGACACCAUUCCAUACAUAUUUGACAUGUUAGUUACAUGUACAGUGUUGUAUAUAAUCAUUGUAAGAGAUGAGUAGUUGUCCAAGCUUGUAAUUGCACAAGAAGUUUAAAACUUUAUCAAUGCAAUUGAUUUUGCUUGCUCCAAUAAGUUAGAAAGGAUCUAGUACUUCCUGUAAUCCCCCGCAUAUAUUGUGAUGGAAUUUGAAUUGUCAGUAACA